AUGUCUCUUUCGACAAAUGAAACCACAAAUGCGACGACGUCGAUUUCGUCUCUCUGCAUUACAACUCAAACAAUCUCUGAUUUUGAGGGUUUUAUUGGUGGUCUUAUCGUUCAUCUUCCCUAUUAUUUCCUCUUCUACUCGAUUAUUGUUCAAUGGAAGGCUUUUCAUCCAUUUUUUGGAUUAACCUUUGGCGCUUUUCUUCUCUCAUAUAUUGUCAUCGGGAUUCUCAUUCAAUUGGUGUUAUUGUUCAAAUAUUUGGCACUUUCCGAUGGAGCACUGUUUCUCUUCAUCACAGACGCAACCGAUUUCAUGUACUAUUUCAUUCUUCCAAUCAAUCUCAUUUGUGCUCUUGAACGACUUUUUGCAACGAUUUUCUAUCGAAAAUAUGAGAAAAUGAGGCCAUACACAGCUGUGCUCAUUGCGUGGCUUUUAGCGAUUGGUUUUGGAACGUUGCUGAUAGCGAACGAAAAUAACUCAAACGGUUUCAUGUCUCGUUUCGUGCAAUUCGCAAUGUACGCUGGCUCGAUGAUUUCGGCUUUGAUUUGCAUCGGCGUCAUUCUCACCAACAUCUACAUGACAAAAAGGUUGAGCGGCGGAAAAGGAAAACAUCCACUCACUGCACGAUAUCAACUUGCUGAAAACAUUAAAGCUGUUCGGAUCAUUCUCCCAUUCAUCUUCAUUGACAAUUUGAUCACAUUUCUCGAGCUUUCCUGGACCGUUCUCUAUCAAACAUCAGCUACUUACAAUGCUGAUCUUUGUCAGAAAGAUCCCAAUACUUACAUAUGGCUCUUCUUGGCACUCAUCUUUAUCCGUCAUCUAAUGGUUGUCUCAAUCCCGCCCAUCAUCUUCUUCAACAGCAAAACUCUGCGAAAGCCAGUGAUAAAAUUGUAUUAUCGAUGGUUGUCCCCUACAAAGGGUCGUAUCUAUUCAAGUGAUUCGAUAAAAAGAAGAAAAGAAUUCCGAAAUGUAAUCGGAGAGAAAGUGAUAUUCGCCCAAUCACAAGAUCUUUACUUUGCACAAUUGGCUGCUAGUUGG